CGAGUUAAGAACGCACACACACACACACGUUAUUGUGCAGUUGAGCGCUCAUUGUAUACCAUCCUUCUGAGCGUGAGCCAUACCAGCGACCUUACGACCAUGGCGAGCAGCAGUGGCCUAGCCGGCCUGGCGGUGCUAGUCACGGCCGUUUUGUGCCUGCAGCUGCCGGCGGCGAGCCGCGCGCAGCUGCAGGUGGGGUUCUACGACACCACAUGUCCCAACGCCGAGUCCAUCGUCCAGCAGGCCGUCGCGGAUGCCUUCGCCACCAACUCCGGUGUCGCUGCUGGGCUCAUCCGCCUCCACUUCCAUGACUGCUUUGUCAACGGAUGUGAUGCGUCGGUGCUGCUGUCAGUAAACCCAGCCGGAGGCGACCCGGAGCGCGAUGCGCCGCCCAACAACCCGAGCCUCCGCGGCUUCGAGGUCGUGGACGCCGCCAGGGCCGCACUGGAGCAGAGCUGCCCCAGCACCGUGUCGUGCGCCGACAUCCUCGCCUUCGCCGCACGCGACAGCAUCAACCUCACCGGCAGCGACGUGUUCUACCAGGUCCCCUCCGGCCGCCGCGACGGGAGCGUUUCGAACGGGACACUCGCGUUCACGCUCCCCGGCCCGAACCUGACGGCCGAGGAGCUCGUCAAGGGGUUCGCCGACCGGAACAUGACCGCCGAGGAGAUGGUGGUCCUGUCCGGAACCCACACCCUUGGCCGCUCCCACUGCAGCUCCUUCAUCGUCCGGAACCGCGAGCGGCUGGCGAGCGGCACCAUCAGCCCAGCGUACCAGGCGCUGCUGGAGACGCUGUGCCCGGCCAACACGAACCAGACCACCAACGUCACCACGGAGAUCGACCUCAGCACGCCCACCGUGCUGGACAACAACUACUACAAGCUGCUGCCGCUCAACCUCGGCCUGCACUUCUCCGACGACCAGCUCAUCCGCAACGCCACGCUCAAGGACUCCGUCGACGCAUUCGCCGCCAACGAGACGCUCUGGAAGGAGAAGCUCGUUGCCGCCAUGAUCAAGAUGGGCGAGAUCCAGCCCAAGACCGGCGCGGAAGGAGAGAUCCGUCUCAACUGCAGCAUUGUCAACAUGGCUUCGUCGUCGUCAUCCUCCUCCGCACGACUGAUCGAGGUGCUCCGCCCGGGCUCCGACAGUGAGGUUGCCUCGAGCUAGCUGAUGGAUGUACCUUAAACUACGUUAUGGCUCUUACGUUUACAGGCCUGUACGGUGAGAGGUUUGAACCAGUUUGAAUGUUUCAUGUAUCUGUGUGUGGUACAGGAAACAUGUUUGAAUGUGCAUGGACAGGUGAGCUCGCCGGUCGGUGUUCAGAAGGUCGCACUUGCCUUGCAUGAAUAAUAAACGUUGCGUGUUUUAAUUUGA